AUGGAUUUCAGAGACGAGUAUGAAGAGGACGGGUUUUGCCAGCCCUACAGGGGGAUCGCCUGCGCCCGGUUCAUUGGCAAUCGGACCAUUUAUAUGGAGUCUCUGCAUAUGCAAGGUGAAAUAGAAAAUCAGAUUACAGCUGCCUUCACCAUGAUUGGCACUUCCAGCCAUUUGUCAGACAAGUGCUCCCAGUUUGCCAUCCCUUCACUGUGCCACUACGCCUUCCCCUACUGCGACGAGACCUCCUCGGCUCCCAAGCCACGAGACCUGUGCCGUGAUGAGUGUGAAAUUCUGGAGAACGUCCUGUGUCAGACCGAGUAUAUCUUUGCGAGGUCUAAUCCCAUGAUUCUGAUGAGAUUAAAGCUGCCCAACUGUGAAGAUCUUCCCCAGCCAGAUAGCCCUGAAGCUGUCAAUUGUAUCCGGAUCGGGAUUCCGAUGGCAGAUCCCAUCAAUAAAAAUCACAAAUGCUACAACAGCACGGGAGUGGACUACCGGGGGACGGUGAGCGUGACCCGGUCGGGGCGGCAGUGCCAGCCCUGGAACUCGCAGUACCCCCACACUCACACCUUCACUGCCAUCAGGUACCCCGAGCUCAACGGGGGCCACUCCUACUGCCGCAACCCCGGCAACCAGAAGGAUGCCCCGUGGUGCUUCACCUUGGAUGAGAACUUCAAGUCUGAGCUUUGUGACGUCCCGGCGUGUGAUUAUAAGGAUUCCAAGGAAAAGAAUAAGAUGGAAAUCCUGUACAUCCUGGUGCCAAGUGUCACCAUUCCCCUGGCCAUAGCUUUGCUCUUCUUCUUCAUCUGCAUCUGUCGCAACAACCAGAAGUCAUCCUCCCCUCCCGUUCAGCGACAGCCUAAACACGUCAGGGGGCAGAACGUGGAGAUGUCCAUGCUCAACGCCUAUAAACCAAAGAGCAAGGCGAAGGAGCUGCCGCUCUCCGCGGUUCGGUUCAUGGAAGAGCUGGGCGAAUGCGCUUUCGGCAAGAUCUACAAGGGACACCUCUACCUUCCAGGGAUGGACCACGCUCAGCUCGUCGCCAUCAAGACCCUAAAAGACUUUAACAACCCCCAGCAGUGGGCAGAGUUCCAACAAGAAGCCUCUCUGAUGGCCGAGCUCCACCACCCCAACAUCGUUUGCCUCUUGGGCGUGGUGACCCAGGAGCAGCCCGUCUGCAUGCUCUUUGAGUACAUGAACCAGGGGGACCUCCACGAGUUCCUCAUCAUGCGGUCGCCCCAUUCGGACGUGGGCUGCAGCAGCGACGAGGACGGGACUGUAAAAUCCAGCCUGGACCACGGGGAUUUCCUGCACAUCGCUGUCCAGAUUGCUGCAGGGAUGGAGUACUUGGCCAGUCAUUUUUUCGUCCACAAAGAUCUCGCCGCUCGUAACAUUUUAAUCGGAGAACAACUUCACGUGAAGAUUUCAGACCUUGGACUCUCGAGAGAAAUCUACUCGGCCGAUUAUUACAGAGUUCAGAACAAGUCCCUCUUGCCCAUCCGCUGGAUGCCGCCGGAGGCCAUCGUGUACGGGAAGUUCUCUUCCGACUCGGACAUUUGGUCGUUUGGAGUCGUUUUGUGGGAGAUAUUCAGCUUCGGACUCCAGCCGUAUUACGGAUUUAGUAACCAAGAAGUCAUAGAGAUGAUCAGGAAAAGGCAACUGCUGCCGUGCUCGGAAGACUGUCCCCCCAGAAUGUACAGCCUGAUGACGGAGUGCUGGCACGACCUGCCGUCCCGCAGGCCGCGAUUUAAGGAGAUCCACGCCAGGCUGCGCUCGUGGGAGGGUCUCUCCAGUCACACGAGUUCCACAACCCCCUCUGGUGGGAACGCCACCACCCAAACGACCUCCCUCAGCGCCAGUCCAGUCAGUAACCUCAGUAACCCCAGGUACCCCAACUACAUGUUUCCGGCCCAGGGCAUACCGCAGGGCCAAAUCGCCGGGUUCGUGGGGCCGCCCAUACCUCAAAACCAGCGCUACAUCCCCAUCAACGGGUACCCCAUCCCAGCAGGGUAUGCUGCUUUCCCAGCCGCCCACUAUCAGCCCCCGGGGCCCCCCAGGGUCAUCCAGCACUGUCCUCCUCCAAAGAGUCGUUCUCCCAGCAGCGCCAGCGGAUCCACCAGCACGGGGCACGUCACGAGUUUGCCAUCAUCGGGAUCCAACCAGGAAGCAAAUAUCCCUUUGCUGUCUCACAUGGCGAUUCCCAGUCAUCCAGCGGGGAUCGGUAUUACAGUGUUUGGAAACAAAACUCAAAAACCCUACAAAAUUGACUCGAAGCAGUCUUCCCUACUAGGAGACUCCAGCCUCCACGGACCUAACGAAUCUAUGAUCUCAGCUGAAUUGUGAAUAAGCGAGGCCUUUGUACAUAGAACUAUUUACAGGACAAACUAGAAAAGUCGUAGAGAAGAUUUAUAUUCAAAUAUUUUAUUAAAGAUUCUUCUGGUGGUUUAACAGACAUUGCAGCAAGUAUCUUCUGUGAAGUUUAACUGCUUACCAGGACGGGCAGGCUCAACUAGAUGCAGAUCCUUGUGGUAUGAACACUCAGCUCUGGCAGUGGACCUGUUGUUUCUUUUAAGUGCCAACGACAAAAAGGGCAAGUGGGAUUUUUUAUUUAAAAAAAAAAAAGAAAAAGAAAAACACCAAAAUGUUUUUAUCCUAUGCUUUUUUUCACAGCUUUUUAAACCUCUGCUGUGGUUUAAAUCACAGAAACUUUUUUAUACUGAAGACAUAUUUUAAUAUUUGUCUCUUUUUUUAGGAGAUGCAAAUAUUCGGAGAUCUUCUGGGUGUGCAAUUUCAGUUCCAAUAGCUAGUUAAAAUAUUUGUAAAUCUUGCAGGCAAGGAUUAUGUUUCAAACACGUGAUCUGAGAGCUGAAGAAAUGGCUUCAGGUAGGAUUUUGGUCUUUUGUCAAGUUGGGAGUCUGAGUUCAAGCUCAGACUAAAAAAAGUCAUUUCUAUGACAGCGCAAUAGCUGGAGUUACCAACUUGCAGUCUACAAAAUUCACCUCCUGUUGGCUGCUAAAGAUGACUGGAGUUCCAAGAAAUUGCCUUAAAGGAAAUGAAAUUAAAGUGUUUUAAUUUCAGGACCUGAAUCAACUUUUAUUCAAAGAUAACAUUUCAUAAUCUUGUAGUUAAAGCAGAAAUUUUAUAUCCUUUUGUUGCUAUGCAACUGUUUAAUGGAAAGGCUCCAAACCACAAUUUUAUAUAUGACAAUCAGUUUUCCCAGGAAUAUUUAUUAUUUCAGAUCAAUGUCUAAUUUCAGUGACUUAUGACUCCAGGAACCUCUCAUUCCAUUAGGCAGCAAAUCCAUCGAUAGCAAUUCUGUCUGUCAAUUCUAAUAAUGUGAAUUAGUGUCAACUUUCAACUUAGAAACCUGACAUUUGUGUAAUUACUAAAAAUUCAUUCAGGUAUAAGCAACCUAGAUUAUUCAUUUGAAACCACUUUAAUGAGUCACAAAAGUUCUGUGUACACUACAGUUUUUCACAGACUUUUUUUGUACUGAAUAGUGUUUUAAUUGUACACGGAACGAGAACAAUCUUUUGCUCAGUUGACAAUGUUGUAUGAUAUGACUUUAUUUUUAUCUUUUUUGCACAAAAGUGUGAUGAUGUUUUGUACAGCAGAAGUGAAAAUACAUCUCUGCAUUUUA